AUGAAGGAUCACAGGAGACUCCCCUCACUGUUCCUCACUCUUGUCCUUUGCGUCUCUCCAUGGUCCACCUCUGGAAAAACAUUCUACAGCUAUUAUGGGAUAAAAUGCACCGACGACUGUCAUCCUCGGGGCUUUAUGGGCUUAUUGCUGACAUACCAGUGCACGGUUCGCAAGACAGAUGGCACAGAAGAACUACAGUACUGUUCACCAAAGAGUGGGGUGGACUACAAGGGAAACAUGUGCUCUGAUUGCUGUGAGCAGUACGAAAAUGGCUACUACUGGUGUAAAACAGCCUCGGAUUGGGGAUACUGUGGAGAUGUGAUAGAGGACUUAAACCAUUACACCUUAACAUAUGGUAUGCUGUGUUAUGAUAGCUGUGAAACGCACAGUGAGAACUACUACUGGUGCCAGUCCACACAGGGGUGGGAUUACUGCUCACCAAGCAAAAACGUUGAUUACAAAGGCAACGCCUGUCGCCAAGACCAUCCCUGUGACACACAUGGAGAAGAUUACCACUGGUGCUAUUUGGACAAAGGAGGCUGGGACAAGUGUGGACGAGUGGAGCCAAAGGCAGUGAUUCAUGACACCAAAUACCGAAAACACUGCACUGAUGACUGCCAGUAUUCUGACUACUUCUGGUGCCACACUCAUGAUGGCUGGGACUACUGCUCACCUACGCCAGACGUCACCUACAAAGGUGUGCCUUGUCGCUCAGAUCACAAUUGUGGAGACCAUGGCGAGGGAUAUAACUGGUGCUACACAACAGACAACAAUGACUGGGAUUACUGUGGAGUCAUCUCUCCUGGAGAGUGCAGGUAUUCUGUGCCACGCCGCACCAAACGGAAACCCAAGAAACCCAAUCAAACUAACCCGCCACAGGUGAUCUGUACUCAAGAGGACAUUGACAACAACAGGAGGAGAGUGACCACGUUCGUAGCAACAGAAAAUAACCGAACCAUCGCAGACUCUCAAAAUUACCGUGAAGAUGCAUUCAAUUUAAUUGACCAAUGGGACGGCCUGGGCCUGGCCCAAAAUUCCAGGUACACAGUGGUUAGUUCAAGUAACCUUCGCAUUGACCUACAGGGUGGGUUUAACAGGAAUAAUCAGUGGCAUUACAACGUGCAGCUCCAGGUGAACACGCAACGUAGAAGCGGACAAAGCACAACUCUGGCACACAUUGAAGUCCCUGUUGACACUCCACCUCAGUACAACCUUUUGGCCCUCAGGCAGAGUUUACAGCACCGAGCCAGGGUUUCACUGGAAGUGACUGACCAACCAAUAAACAACAACAACAACAACAACAAAAGCUGUCGCAGACGUCAUUAA